CUUUCAACCCUUCCAAACCCACUUUCCAUCUCUUCAAUCUCUAAACAUUUUCUCCUUCUUAUGGCACACUGAAACUGGGUCUUCAUAUAAUUCCCUCAGUCCCUAUCUCCAUUCACAUCAAAUGGCAGUGGAACUCAUGGGGUUCCCAAAACUGGAUGAGCAAAAGGCCAUUCAGGAGGCCGCAUCAGAAGGCCUCAGGGGCAUGGAACACCUGACCCGAACCCUCUCCCAUCAACCCACCCACUUAAACACUCACCUCACCGACCUCACCGUUUCCAAGUUCAAGAAACUCAUCUCCCUCCUCGACCGGACCGGCCACGCCCGGUUCAGACGAGCCCCGGUCCACCCACCACCGGUUCACCACAUCGCACCUUCUUCUACCUCCUCCUCUCUUCCUUCACUGCAACCGCUAACCCCGCCCGCUCACUUCGCCGCUCCGGCGCCGGUCUCCAUCCGCCAUGCGCCGGCGAGCUUCGUUCCGGCGCAAUCGCAAAGCUUGACGCUUGAUUUCACGAAGCCCAACGAGGCCGUCCUGAGCAGCUCCUCCAACGCCAAGUCCGUCGAGCUCGAAUUCUCGAAGGAAACCACGGCAGCCUUCAGCGUCUGCUCCACCUCCUCGUUUUUGUCCUCCGCUAUCACCGGCGACGGCAGCGUCUCUAACGGCAAGCAAGGCUCCUCGAUCUUCCUUGCGUCGGCCACGCCUCAACCGGCUUCCUCCGGCGGGAAGCCGCCGCUGUCGUCGGCGCCGUUCAAGAAAAGAUGCCAUGAACACCGUGAACACUCCGGUGACGUUUCUGGCAACAGCAAAUGCCACUGCACCAAGAAACGGAAAAACCGGGUGAAGAAGACCGUGAGAGUACCGGCGAUUAGUUCAAAAACCGCCGAUAUACCGCCAGACGAGUACUCGUGGCGAAAGUACGGUCAGAAACCGAUCAAGGGUUCACCGUAUCCACGGGGUUAUUAUAAGUGCAGCACGGUGAGAGGGUGUCCGGCGAGGAAACACGUGGAACGUGCUACAGAUGAUCCAACGAUGCUGAUUGUGACGUACGAGGGGGAGCACAGGCACGCGCUUCAGGCCGCGAUGCACGAGGACGCUUCUGGGGUUGUGGGUUUGGUUUUUUAGUCAACGUGAACGUAGAUGGUGGAAUACUAUAAUAUUGAAAAAAAAAGUGGGUGGUAAUGGAGGUCUUUUUCAAAAGAAAAGGAAUUUUUAUUUUUUUAUUGAAAGGAUUUGAGUGGAAGGAAGGUAUGGUGGGGGCUGCGUUGUAAAUUUGUUUUAUUUUAUUAUUUUUAUAGAGAGGUUGAAGAUUGGAAUCUCAAGUUAUUUAUAUAUAAUUGUUAUAUCUCCUUUGCAAAA